AUGCCUCAGCAGCACGCCAGCCGGUCCCCCCCUCGAACACCCCCCUCCGAAGCUGUCAAUGGGAAGCCUACGAGGAGAGGGACUCAUCCGCGACCCUCUGUCCGGGAGACCUUCCUAGAUGACUUCAAUCCAGCCGACAACACCAACGAGAACAAUGAGUCUUGUGACGAGCGAGAUCCCCACGACCUAUCGCUGUCUCCGAAGCAUGCGGCCCGCACCUCCAUCGUCGAUAAUAUGCUUCUUUCCCUAGACCAGUUCGUGGCGGGUUCCUCUGUGCUGGAUGACUACCGGUUAUUUAACUCGGUAUUCGAAACGGACCUCUACGGCCACGGUUCACCGGAGUCGUUGGCCCAACGACGUUAUCGCGGACACACCUUUUCAUCCUCCUUAUCGUCAGAGGUAGACGGCACCUUUGACGACGGCACGGCCCGCCAUGCGUCCCAACUCCCGAGAGGUCGUCGGAGUAAUAGCAGCUCGAAUUACCAUUCUAGCCUGAGAAGAUUUGGGAGCACGCGCAGCCGGGAAGGCACCGGCUCACGCGGCCAGCUAUAUGACUACCGCCCGAGUUCUACGGCAGCGACAGGGGCUCAUACUGCGAGAAAUGGGAGCAAAGGAAGUGCUUCCUCCCAGUUAGACUUUGGUCCGCCUCUGUUACGUCGCCGAGCGGAUUCAACUGGCGAGAGACGUUCGGCGAGCUUCGACUUCGGUACUCGGCCACCUUUCAUUCCCUUUUCCGAACCAGUUGCCGACUACGGUUCCUGGUCCUUCAGCGACUUUGACGCAGCUCCUACGCCAAGUAUUCCCGGAGGCCCCAGUAAAAAUCACCCAUCUUCGCAAGGGGACUAUGCCGGUUCGCUCAGCCUGCAGCAGUCACGGACGCCGGUGGCCUCCCGACGGAACAGUAUCAAGUCUCCGCGUGCGAAUACCACCCGGAAGUCUCGCCCAGAGAACAUUGGUACGGCCACCAUCCGGAGCCGAGAUCUCGACCUGGCGAAUCUGGGCGAUGCAGGCUUAGAGCUUCCGCCUACAAUUCCCUCCUCACUUGACCCGCCUGCGCCCAGCCCAACCAUCUCCUUCAACAAACCAAUAUUUCCCCCGCCGCCUGAGCCAGCGCCGGCCAAGGAACGACCGGGAUUCUUUCGUCGAGUCUUUGGCUCUAAAGCCCCCACAUUCGGACCGUCCGAUUACAGUCAAUCCGAUUCCCAUUCCGCCCAAGAGUUCGAGACCAAAGAUGUCAAGAGCUGGAGACAGCCGCUGAAGCACAGUGGGACAGGGCUCAAUUCGGGCCGCGAUGGAAGCCAUCAAGUGGUGACCAAAAAGUCGUCCUUCUUCCGCCGGCGGAAGAAGUCCGUGGCUGAAAGUGCCCCGCCUCCGAUCGUGCUUCCUCCGGAGCUGUCAGGCUCCAGGGCGAUGGAAAUUAUGAAGCCCGAGCCUAGUCCAGUCAGUAGUCUGAAAAAAGUGAUGAACCCGUAUAUCACGGAUUCGACUGCAUCUGGGCCGGACCAGGCCAACAAGCCCUCGCAGUCCCGUGCGGCGGCGGCAGAAGAUGCGGAAGCCAAGAAUCCAGGAACCACGUCAACGCACAGUCCGCGAGGCAGCCUCCUUACAACCUCCGGUGCCCCCAAGGCCAAAUACAGUUUAUAUCCCGCAGUCUCAUCCGCGAAUAAUCAUGAGGCUACAUUUUUAGGAAAUAGUAGUGGAGAUGAAGAGUCCGGAUCCAAGUCUAAUGGUCAGGAUCCCAUUGCUCCUGUUGACCGCCCACCAGCUUCAAGAGCAUCACGCGAUGGCGUGAGCUCGCGCGGCAGUGAUUUGGACUCCGUGGAUAAAGACCAGGUCUUUGCUUUACCAGGCGGCUUGAAGCCACAGGAGACUGUUAUUUCCUCGCUUUCGCCCGUCAUGGAGAGCUUCUCUCAAAUGAGCGCGAGCCCCACUCACAGUGCUGAGGAUGUCCCAGAAGAGUCCAAGGAAAUACCCACCUCGGACGUACCCAAAGAUGAGAUUGUUGAUGGCACGAGCCGGUUCUCUACCCCGGCCAAUGGUCCGGGUGGCUCGCCACGGGCUUCGAUUUCGGAAAUGUCGAAUUACUACACGGCAUCUGAGAGUGCCGCCAUGGGGCCAACGGAGCCAAAGCUUGCCGAUCUUGCGGAGACUAGCCCGGAUGACAUCCCGGCUAGCGAGCCAACUAUUUCGGACAAAGAACAAGCGCAGAUGCUCUUUGAUAGCCAGGAUCAAGUCGUAGGAAACGAGCCGGCUGCAGCUUGGCUGGGCGAUCCGGACCGAGCCUUCGUCCGCAAGGCGUACAUGGAUCUCUUUGACUGGGCCAAUCUGAACAUCCUGGCAGCCCUUCGAAGCCUGUGUAACCGUUUGGUGUUGAAAGGAGAAACCCAGCAAGUGGACCGAGUCUUGGAUGCCUUUUCCACCCGGUGGUGCGAGUGCAACCCACGUCAUAGCUUCAAAGCUUCUGAUGUCGUGCACACCAUUUGUUACUCGCUUCUCCUGCUGAACACCGACCUGCACCUUGCCGAUAUCGAGCAGAAGAUGACGAAGGCCCAAUUUGUCCGAAACACUAUGCCGACAAUUCAUCGAGUGGCGGCGGAUGCUGCGCCGGACGGCUUUGACCAACGCGACGCCAACAAGUCAAAAUCCCAAUCACAAGAUCCGCCGUCCUUGGCCUCAAAUUCCAGAUCUGCUACCACUGACGACCUCGAACGAAAAGCUCCAACUGCUGAUAAGCCGACCAAUGGCCCUACCAAGUUGGUAAAUCGACUCUCACGGACGGAUCUCUCGGCCAAAAUGAUCAGUGACCCUGACAAUGACACCGGCCCCCUCGUCAACACCCCGUUUACCGGCACAAUGCGAGCGUGGGAGCAACAAGUGGAAAUGGUGCUACGAGACUUUUACACGUCGAUUCAGAAGCAGAAACUCCCGUUGCAUGGUGCCCAAGUGGAAAAAGAGCCGACACGUUCGUCCUCGAACCAUCUACUGGGACCUCACCCUGGUGGGCUCCGCAGGAGUCCGAGUACAGUCAGCAAAAGUGGCUCCGAUAUCUAUCCACGCGGCCGCUCUGCCGACUCCCGUUAUGGAACGGCACGCUGGUCUUCGAAGCCCCGAUCUCGAGCCAGGCUGUAUCCGCCUUCUACGAUGGGCUCUAGCCGGACUAGCUUGGAUGACCAGUCUUCCCUCUGGAGCCCAUCAGCAUCCAGUACAUGGAGCAAGUAUUCUUCUGGGAAGUUGACCUCUGCGUCGGUGGAUUCUUUUGGCUCGGAUUACCCACGUGGGGAUUACCAACAAUCGAUUGGCUUUGCCAAUGCCUUGAGUCAGGCUAUUAUCCGUGAAGACUCGGCACAUUCAAUAGCCAGCUUUGAAGACGCCGAGCGGAAUACACCCCUCCUGGAAGAUGAGACUCUACAGCUUGCGGGCGCUCCUUGGGCCAAGGAAGGAAGCCUUAAGCACAAGCAUCACUUGGACUCGGUAGAUAAGAGGGCUAAAGACCGCAACUGGAACGAAUGCUUUGCCGUCAUCCAACAAGGUUGGAUGCGCCUGUUUUCCUUCAACGCCUCCAUGAAAUCAGUCCGACAGAAGGCCAAGCAACGACAUCCUGGCGGCGUCGUGGUAGGAGGAGGCAACUGGACAGAAAAUGCGGAAGAAAUCUGGAAGUUUCUUUUGCGUCAAACCAUUGCCAGCGCGCUGCCACCUCCCGGGUAUUCCAAGUCUCGCCCGCAUGUCUGGGCCCUGAGCCUGCCCACGGGCGCCGUACAUCUGUUCCAAGCCGGCACGCCAGAAAUCGUUCGGGAAUUCGUGUCCAGCGCCAAUUAUUGGAGCGCGCGACUAUCCAAGGAGCCUUUGAUUGGUGGCAUUAGUAACAUGGAGUAUGGCUGGAGCGAUGCAGUCAUUAAUAGCGCCCUGCUCUCGGCAGAGAGCAGCCGGACACCUCCUUCCUCGUCGGGGGCGCGACCGAGCAUCCAGAGCUCGAUUCGCAGCUCUAUUGACCAGCAGGGGGUCCGGCCCCGACUGCCGGCCGACCGAGUGCACAUUAGCGAUUGGGCUCCUCCGCAGCAGAGCAUGAUGGCAUCAGCUCUGCCAGAAGAUGAACAGCUGAAGGCCCUGCAGACGUAUGUCAAGAACGUGGAGGAGGAACUGCAGCGACAUAACGAGCUUCGACCCGCCAUGAUCCUUGCCUUCUCGCCGCGGCACCCCAAUGCAGCCAAGGCGUUGGCCAACUGGGAGCGCAAGUCGUCGUAUCUGCUGCGGGAAAUCGUGAAGUUCCGGACCUACAUUGACUCGCUCUCCUCGGCUUUGGAGCAGAAGAAACGGAUCUAUACCAACCGGGAAGAGAGCACCCCUGCCGAGUAA